AUGCCAUUCUCCCCAGAUUCUGGUGUCUGGGGAACAUUGCUUGGAGCUUGUCGGGUCCAUGGCAAUGUUGAGCUUGCUGAAGAGGCAUCAAGACAUCUUUUUGACGUAGAACCACAAAAUUCUGGGUAUUAUAUACUACUCUCAAAUAUACAUGCUGAUGCUGGAAAAUGGGGGAGUGUGCUUAAGGUUAGAAGUUUGAUGAAGGAAAGAGGAGUUCAGAAGGUUCCUGGGUACAGUUGGAUCGAGGUUAACAACAGCACUCAUAUGUUUGUUGCAGCAGAUGGAAGUCACCCACAGUCUGCUCAGAUAUAUUCAAUGCUCAAGAGUCUUCUUCUUGAACUGAGAAAAGAGGGUUAUAAUCCUCAACCCUAUCUUCCUACACAUCCACAAACAUCGGGGAUGUAA